AUGCCACCCGUCUACAGGUCGGAACGGGGAAGAAUCAUGAAGGAUGGCAAGGAGUCACUAGUAUGGAGGACCACUGAGCGACUCGAUGUUUCUUCACCUCUCACCGGGAUAGGCGACCAUGACCUCAAGGUCAGAUCGAUUCACCUAGCCGUCCUUUCAGCCAUUUACCAGCUCGAGAAACUUGGGAUCUCCCUCCGUAUUCCAGUAGUAACGGUCGUCACUGCCAAUCAUGCAGAGCCAAUUGACAUUCGCACGUCCGACGGCGCACGCCUUCUUAUUGAGUAUUACUGCAGACGCUUUGGCUGCGAAGUGGAUUUCGAUUUCGGCUUGAUCAGUAAGGCGGGAUGGAGCGCUUCAUUGACAAUCGAUUGUGAACGGAUGGGAUAUGGUUCUGGAAACAGCAGGGAGACGGCGCGUGCAGAUUCCUACGUUGCCGCUGCUCGUACCCUUGUGCAUUACUGUCCGGAGCUCAUGGAAGAGUUGUCUAGCGAACGAAGUUUUCACUGA